AUGAUAACCUCAAGGAGUACCCAAAAGAUAACUGAUGAGGUUAUACCAAUACAUGAACUUCUCGAACAUAUUAAUAUUAAGACUUACUAUGAACAAAAUAACAAAAAUUUAAAGUUUCAUACUUUCUCACUCGAUCAUACUAAAAACUCGGAUUUGAAUUUAACUAAAAUAAUCAGUUUACCUGCCACUUCACAUGGAUUGAUCUCAGCAAUCAUCCAUGCUUAUACUCUUCACCAACAUCUUCGAAUAUCACCAGACGAUAUAUGGUUAACAAUUGCGCAAGGUGUUAGUAAGCAUAUCUGGCUUAAUAGAGAAUGCCUUCGUCACUUGUUUGUCGACCAUGAGGGCAAAAAAAAGAUCGAAGUUGAUGCGCGUCAUCUUUUAAAAUAUAAAGAUAAAGUUAUUUAUGGAGAUUGGCUUCAAGUAAUUGAACAACUUUCAAAUGCCGUUGAUAGACAAGUUAAAAUUAUGGAUUUGAAACAACUCUUCGAAUGUGAUUUUUCAACUUCAACUAAAGCAUCUAUUACUGCAAGUAGAAUUGUCUUGUUAGAUUCAACAAAAGCGUAUUUUCGUUGCCGAUUGCGUGGUGGUUGUGGUAUUCCAAAGGUUACUCUUGAAGGUGCAUUAACAGAUUGGUUUCAUCUUCAAGAUAAAGUCAACAAACUUCGUGAUUUAGGACUUAAUCUUGAUUUCUGGUUAGAUAGGUUGGAACCAGUCAUUGCACAAUUUAUUGACACAUAUAAAGGAAAUGUUGAUGAACGUUUUUGGAACAUGGUUGUUUCUCAAAUUCCCUUAAGUACUUUUGAAACGACUGAUAGAUGGUCAGGAUGGAUAAGUUCUUUGCUUCCAUAUACUAAGCAAAUGCGUAAAAUUACAAAUAAUGUGAUUAUUCCUGAUGAUGUGCCUUCUGGAUUGGUAAAUGUUCCAUUCGAAUUUAAACUUGAAGGAGGAAAAUUACAUUUCGAUUUGAAGUGUUCUGCAGGAUUUCUAGGUGCUAGGCAGGAUAUAAUUGAUGGUGAAUAUAUCGUUUCUUCCGUUAUUGGUUGGCAUAUUGUUGAUCAAAAUUGA